AUCGUAUUGACUAUAAAUAUCUGUCUAGGUAGAUGUAUUUCUGAAGAAUUGAGAUGGGGUUGCAGUGCAUAUAUAUUUAUAUGUAACCUCGUGGUUUCACUUUCUUCCUUUUCCCCUCUGUAUCGAAGCUCUCAUAAUUAGUCGAGAACAUUACUUCAGAUUCAUCAAAGAAAUAAAAUAAAGAGGCGAGGAAAAGAUAAAAAUGUCUGAAUUACCAUCUACGAUGCGCUCCCUCGUAGCGCCGAAAUACUGUCUACCGAAUGAAUGGGAAGUCGCCGAGGUCCCCGUACCAACGAUUAAAGACCCCAAAGAUAUCUUAAUCAAAGUGCACGCCGCCAGUAUAUCAACAGGCGAUACCCAGCUCGCGAACGGGGCAUCGAAACUUUUAAUCGGGGGUUUAAGAUUCCCCCAUAAAAUCGGCAUCGAAGCCUCCGGCACAGUCGUCGCCACAGGAUCCGACGUAACGCUCUUCAAACCCGGCGACACCGUAUGGGCAUUCGCGCAAAAACACCCCAUGGACCUGCUCUCCGCCCCAGGUUUUACCUCCGAGUACGCAGUCGCCACCGAGCAGCUCACCCUCCACAAACCGCGUAAUGCAUCUUUCGAGGAAGCGUGUAAUACCAGCGCUAUACUAGUCGCGGUGCAGACUAUAUCCAUGGGAUUACGCUUGAUGCGGGAAAACGGCGUCACGGAGGGGUUGGAGGGGAAGACGGUAUUUGUCUCAGGCGCGCUUAGUGCGACAGGCUCGGCCGCGGUACAAGUUUUGAAGAAUGUGUAUGGGGUGGGUAAGAUUAUUACUACGGUUUCCACAGCUAAAGUGCCACUCGUGGAGACGUAUCUUCCGGGGUUAGCCGACCAAGUCGUCGAUUACACCAAGUAUGGGGAUCUCACUGAUGCGAUUCCGCCGGGGACCGUGGAUUUCGUGUAUAACACGCAAUGGGAUUUACUAAAGACGUUUCCGUUGCUGAAGCCGGAUGUCGGAGUCGUGGCUUCGAUUGCUAGUGUACCGGCCCCGAGUACGCUGCGCAAGAUGUUGCCCCCGUUGCCGUUUUUUGUGUAUUGGCUUACGGGGCUUGCGCAGUGGUGGUAUGCGUUUAAGUUGCGUGGGACGAGGGUUAAGCAUGAGUUCUUGUCGGGGAAUAUGGGGAUACGGGAGGAUUUGGAACGUGCGGGUGAGAUACUGGCCAUGGGGAAGGUGAAGCCUGUUUUGACGGUGGUGGAGUUGGGUGGUGUAGAGGCUGUUAGGAGGGAGGCGCAGAAGGUUGCUACCGGGAAGGGAGGGUUAGGAAAGUUGGUUAUUAAGAUUGCAUAGAGAUCAAGAGUUGGGAUGGGUAUGGAUGGGUGAGUGAAUGUGUAUGGAUGGAGAAGAGGAGGUUAUAGCUAGGGUAUACAACUACGACUUGUGUCUUACGACGACAUAAUAUUCUGUGAGUUUAUAGGAUUUGUUCAAUUUGUCAAAAUAGGGUCACGGUAAUAAUCAGGGCGACAAUCACUAGGUAAACACAAUGCUCAAAUUGCUAAUACGAACAAUUACUCCUUUUAUUAGAAAACAGAAGAUCUAGAAACACGCAUAACUCCCUAAUCUCUCUCU